UAUGUAUCUAAUAUCAGAAUUGUGACCUUAGGUGAUGGUGCAAAGUGUGAGUUUUGUUCAAGAUUCCACCUAUAAAAAGGAGAAAAGAUAUGCUCCUCACAAGCAUUAUGUAGGGGGCUCAAGUCAUGGUAUUAUGAAGGAUAACAUUUCCGUUAAACAAUAUUGGAAUCAACUUCUUGCUAAACCGCAUGAGUGGUUGGACAAAAGAUUGAACAAGAAUAUUCAAACAGGUGCAGAUUUUGAACACAAGGGGAGUGGAAAACUACUCUGGAUUGAUGAGUCUACUCCAGAAUGGAUAUUGUCGAAGUUAGAGUCCAUGACCUUUGCUCAUGGAAGUGAGAAGAGUCAGAAAAGUGGUGAGAAGUCUACUGACAGUUAUUGGACAGAGCUUGUUAACAAUCCAGAACGAUGGAGAGACUACAGGGAGCAUAAGAUGAAUGGAAAGGUAAAACCAAGGCAUCCUGAUUUUAAAUGCAAGGAAGAUGGUCAUUCACUUUGGCUUAACACAGCACCAAUCUCUGUUCUACCAAAACUUGAGGGAUUGGAGUUUGACGUUGAAUGUUCUGAGUCGAGCCUAAGAAAAGAUAAUAAGAACGAAGAGUCCUGGAAGAACUUGGUGGAAAAUCCAGAAAAAUGGUGGGACAAUAGAUUAGACAAGAAAAAUAAAAAGGCUCCUGACUUUAAACAUAAAUUCACUGGUGAAGGAUUAUGGGUUGACAGGUCACCAGCUUGGGUACUUCCAAAGUUGCCACCUCUGAAAGCUGAAAAAAAUUUUGAAGUCUGCAAGAGGGAUUCUUUAUUGUCCUAAGCCACCUCUGAAAACUAAAAAUGAUUUUGCAGUCUGCAAGAGGGAUUCAUUAUUUUCGUGAGCUUUAUUAUAUAAGUAUGUUUCAGCCCCUCAUCUUCAAUUUUAGUGAUUAUUCUUCUGAGAAUAUAUUCUGGAUUCCUUCUAAGGUGUGGGCUAUGCAGGGAAUGUUCUAAGCGUUUGGCUACAACAGCUUGUGUGGUUUAGGAUGAUCAACUUCAGAUACAGUAUAGUGCAACACAAAUGUGGUCCUGCUCCCUCAAAUUCAACAGUAUGAGAUGAUGUUCUUGAUCUGGAAGAUGUGAUAGUGCGGAACAUGUUUCUGGCCUUGCUGC